CCGUGCGGUGUGUGUGUGCCAGCGUGGUGCGUGAACGACGACCGUGGAUCGAAGCCGCGGUCCCACGGCGUUCGGCUUUGGGGGGGUAUCAUAGGCCCAGUUUCGCUGUGCGGUGAUCGGGGGAGUAGUUGACGGGCCAGUGCUAUAGAAGGAGUUCCCUACACUGUGAACCCGGCGGGCAGCCCCGUCCAUGGAGGCAACGUGCCGCCGGCCAUGGAGUUAUGCGUCGCGAACCCCGCCUGCUGUGCCACUUGCAUCGGCAGCAACCAGCGCGGUGUUCGACGACGUCGCUGGGUCACCCUGUUCCUGCUCCUGGUCGCUGCCGUGUCAGGUGUGCUGGGCGUCGUGGUCACCGAGGUGCGCCUCCUGUCGGACAGCAACAAGACGCAGUACGUGCUUCAGGGCGAGGGCGCCACGCUGCUCUGCUUCUUCGUGCUCUCGCCGGGCGAAGACCUGCGGCGCGUCCUCUGGUUCAAGGACGGCGCCGAGGUCUACGUGUGGCGCAAGGGACGCCGUCCGCUGGCGCGCAACCUGUUCGACAAGCGCGUCGACCUGAGCAACCGUUCCCCUUCCUUCAUCUCCAUCCUCAGCGCACACAUGUCGAUGCAGGGAAACUACACGUGCAAGGUCGAGACGGAUCUGGGCACUUCGCAGAAUGACUUCUUCCUCACCGUCAUCGUAGACUCGUGCAAGGAAGACAGUUGGACCACGUUCUCGGACCGCGUGUCGUGCACCGAGACGGUGGAGCUGGACUGCGGCGGCAUGUUCCCCAAACCGUCGCCGGCCUGCGGGGUGUACAACGACCAGACGGGCGUGUACCUGAACACGGUGCCGUUCGACCGCGUCGAGCCAGCGGCCAACUCCACGUACGAGGUGCGGCUUCACCGAGUCUUCCAGGUGCGAGACUGGCUCACCUUCCGAAACCUCACCUUCCGCUGCCACAUCAUCGUCCUAGGCACCGACUGGCGCUCCGGCAUCUCGCACAAACUGUUCGGAGACGCCGGAUGCCCGCCGGACCCUCCGGAGAUCGUGAACGGAUACUACAACGUAAGCGGCGAGGAGACGUGCUGGCGCACUCCGUCCGAGGGAUCCGUGACGCGCUACUACUGCCUCGAAGGGUUCGAGCUGCGGGGACCCCGGGAGCUGGUGUGCCGCAACGGCUCGUGGGUGGUGCCGAGCCCGCAGCUGACGUCCUCGGGGCCGCAGCGGGCUCCCGCAGCGGGGAGGCCCUUCAAGAACAUCAUCUGUGAAAUCAAUGGCCAAGCCAAAGUAGGAUGGAACACAUUGCUCACUGCCAUCAUGACAACACUGCCUGCGCUGCUGUGUCUCCACUUGACGUCCUCCUCGACGUAGCACCCAGUGGCUUUUGUUUGCCCUUGCGGCGAAGAUGGUAGCGCUGAAAUCUGCUCGGAUGCCACGGCGCACGAAACCGGUGGAGAGAAACAUACGCCUCGAACGCAGCGACUUGGCCCUCAGUCGCUCAGUUCGAAUAGCGGCUCCACUCUGUGAACGCUAACAGUGUGCAUGUGCAUGUGCACCGUGCCCAUUUCACGUGCGCGUUCGAGUACUUAGAAGAGUCUGCACUAUAGCGGACGCCAAGGAAGUAUAGACUGAAGAAACCUCUUCGCCUGUUAACCUCUGCCAGUUUCGUUGUUAGGAGCGCACUGCUUCUGUGUGCGCGUUGAAGAGCGACGCUCUGCCCUAUGUCCACGAGUAGGUACAUUGAAAUGACGAAAGAAAAGGCUACGCAGUGAGCUUUCGAACAAGGCUCGAAGGGGACCCUGAAAACAUUUUGUCGGAGCGGCAGUUUCUCCCUACUUUUAGACUUUGUGCCAUCGUAAUUAGAAAGUUUGAAACGACAGAAAGCUCCGCUGGUUGUUAAGGAUUCGUGGUUUGAAAUGUUAGGCGUAGGAAACAUGGGACACGGCGUCUGUGUUGUCCUUUUCUUUCCUCUCGUGUCCGUGUUUGCUAGGCCUAACCUUUCAAACCAUGGAAAGCUGCAUCACAAGGGAGCCGUUCUAGAGAGAGAGAGAGAGAGAAAAUGAUAAAUGAAAGCCAGGGAGGUUAACCAGGACUGAGCCCGGUUGGCUACCCUACACCGGGGGAAGAAAAAAAUGGGAGAGAAAAUUAAGAGAAGAAUAUAAAGUCCGCUGGGGAGAGUCGUUCUAGCGUUAACAUACGACAGAAUAAGGCACGGAUACCACUGUAGCACGGACGCGCGGCAAGACAGCAGCAAGUUGUCAUCUUGGCUGAAAAAUAAGGCCACAUUUGACGCUGUUUUCAGCCAAUUUCCGUGGAAGUGUUGCCGCGAAGACCCACUUCUGAAAGAAACCUAUGGAGUAGCGGCGUAUUGUCAAGAAGCAACUUUCCUUCCUUGAAGAGAUGAGUCGUGCAACAUAAGAACGUUCUAUAGGGUGCUAUAGUUGGUCUCACUCAGUGUCAAAAAAUGUCGCCAUAAGCCCUGCUGUUCCCGGACACGUCUUCCCGUAUUCAGGUAUAAGUUGGCACUAUAGUAUGUAUCUGCUUUAUUGCAAUUGCGCAAUACAGAGAGCCGGACAACAUGUAGGACGUACGCCGCUCACAAUGCUAUGUGGCUCAAUCGUCUUUUUUUUUUUUUUUUUUUUUUUUUUUUGAAGGGGAGCGGCGGAGUUCUCUUGAACAUAGCGCAGAAAUUUCACAUAAAAAGGAGUACGACUUACGCUUCAUAUGAUCGACGCACAUUAAAAACUUCUUCGUCUCGAGAACAGCGAACCAUGCAAGUGGUUCACUCUGCAACCUUAACACCUAAGCCAUGCGAUACUUUCAAAAAUAUGUCUGUAGUGUAGCUUAGGCCAGAGAGAAAUCUGUGAUUCGGACCUUCGUUCGUGUUUUCCACAAACUAUGGAAGCCAGGAAUUAUCACGAGUUCAUAUAGCUAUACUUUAAUGGUAUAAGGAUCUUAUUUGACAAGAGUCCUGUGACAGUACUUUUAGGAGCAACAUCCCUGUGAAAUAUUUCUUCCUCCAUGGCAGUAUAAAAAGACCUCUUCCAAAGUGUCGAUGUUGUCGUUGUUUUUUCUAUCUCUCUAUACUUUCUUAUUUUAUUUAUUUAUUUAUUUAUUUACACUGAAGGCAGCCCAAGAGUAGCAAACGCGCAAUAUCAUGGCUUCUGCAAGAUAGCCUGUUUGGCUUGGUGACUUGUGCAUAACCGUGCUGCUACUUUUAUCGCCCUCUUUCCCCGCUGGUGAUGCAGUUGCCGACGAGUCCCAUUUUCCCGCACAUGAACCCAGUCAACAAUGGCGUUCAUCUUACCGAAAGCAAGACGAUCAGACGGAAUAGACGAAAGUCAUUGAGGAACUGAAACUUUAGACCACGGGAUAAUCAAGUACGUGUAGUUCAAAGUAGUCCAGAAGCGUUUUGUACUACUCCCCUAAUAGACUAAUAUACAUAGUGGGGGCAGACGUUGACCCCCCUUGCGCGGCGGCUGUUAAUAACUCACGGGACUUUAGUCCUUAUGGAUGGUGUUCGUGUGACAUGCCUGGAAAGUCAGUCACGCUUCAGCUCGACCACCUCGUACCCGCUGGCCUCACGAACUGCGAUCGAUAUCCCUGCCUGGCGGAGGUCGACAUACGCAUCACAGCACCAAGCCUGCUCACGUGUUCUCCUAAGAUUGUGUCGUAGUGUCAUCUCUCCAGCACUGUGCGCGAGAACGCUAACAAUAGAGGACAAAGACUAUUAUUGUGAACUUCUUAAUAGUGACUGCUCCAAAUCAUGCGCCGGUAGUGACCUCGAAACAAAGAUGAUCGACAUGUCUGCCAAUGUGUGGUGAACACGUUUGCCAUGGCCAAGCCAAGAAUGCUUCUUCUUUCUCUCUCUCUGUCUCCCUCGUUUCUAAAAAUGCAUUUUUCGAAGAUAUCUUCCUUGGACGUCAGUGAUACCGAAAAUAUAGUAAGCUUCCUAUUCCACUGCCCAUGU